AUGAGUCCCUUCCAACUCCGACCCAGCCGGAACAGCACCCCCUUGCAAGGCCUGGAGCGGUGCCUGAGGGAGCUGCCCCAGAACACCCCCAGCCAGCCGUGGUCACCGGCCGUCAGCUCCUCCAUCAGCAGCUCCCCGGACAGGCUGCACAGUUGGACCCCGGAGCCAGGGAGGUGGACCCGGAAGGAGGAAGGUCUCAGCCGAAAUGGCACCCCCUUGCAAAUGGUGCUGGAGGGCUACUCAAAGGAGCUCCCUGGCGCCCCGAGCGGCCACUUCUUCCGCUCUGUGGCCAGCAGCUCUUCCGACGGACAAGGGAAAUUGGGUGCAGGAGAAAGUCCUGCGAAGGAGGCAGGGAUCCCACCCCUUCAAGGCCUGGAGAAGUGCUUGAAAGAGAUCCCGCUGGGUGGGGUUUCUUGCCCAAACGCCGUUCUUACGGGAAGUGACUUCUCUGCCCAGAAGCCCAGGAGGAUGGAGGCGUCUUUGCAGAGGCUGUGGGACAGAGGCGGCGCCACAAACAGCAUCCUGCCACGUCCCACGAGCUCCUCUGGCUCCGUGGCAGCGGAGGCCGCGGUGGAAGCUUCUCCCCUCGACCGACUGAUGAGUUGCCUGAAGGAGAUCCCCAUUCAGAGGCCGAGUUACCUGAACACGCCCAGCGUCUCCUCGUCCGCCUCCAGCUGCAGCGAGAGCGAGCGCCAGAGCCCCGGGUGCAGCCUCUGGUGGGACUGCGCUCAAGUCGGAGUGUUUUCGUUCUUCCUAGACACAGGAUCGGAGAUGGAAGGGACUUUGCGGCAGAAGGGGAUGGAGUCCAGGCUGCAGAGCGCGUUGCUUGCUCCCGAGGAGGAAAGGGGGCUUCCUUCUGCCCGAGAACCAGAGCUUGUCACCAUGGGCAGCCGAGCGCCAUCGGCCUCCCCUCUCGGUGGCCUGGAGAGAUGCUUAGACAGCAUCGCCAUGAGCCAGCCUCUCCCCUCCAACAUCCCACCUGGUGAUGCCAAGAGUCCGGGCGAUGUGGUACCCAGGAGAUCCCGGCAAGGGGUGGUUGGAUCACAUCCCACAAAUCCUCCAGCAGAUGACAACCUCUCCCACGACCCACAGAUUGGUCCGAAAGAUCCAGCGGCAGCCAGUACCCCGAGUCCUCCCAGCACACCAGCCCAGGACUCCUUCGGUGGAACGCCUGAGAGGAACGUGGAAGGCCGUGUUCAGCAUCCCCAGGCGGAAGCUGCGAGGAAACGGACACCGAGCAGCUCCUGCCUCCAAGGCCUGGCGAAUCUCCUGGCUGAAAGGCCCGCCAACCCUCCUUGUCGCUUCCAUCCGCUCCCCAGCAAGGCCCAGGGCAGCUCGGAGCAAAGGGAAGCGCAGGCGAGCGUCUCUUCGGCCGAGGAAGAAGGGGCGAGUGAGAGCAGCCCUCUCCAGGGCCUGCUCAGGUGCCUGAAGGAGAUCACUGCUCGGGGCCCCAGUCCCUGCAGCCCGUCGUCCAGCAAUUCCCUGGCCAGAAGCACGCGGGGAGAACCGAGGUGCAGACGUGCCAAGGGAGAGGAGGCGGAGGCCAGGAGGGCAGCCCAGGAAGAGCUUCCAACAGGUCAGAGGAGCCGCCUGAAGGAAAGGUCGAUGGGCAGCGACGGCCCGGCCACCACGCCCUUGAGCAGUCCACAGAGAGUGGCUGGGCACAGGAGCCCGACCCCCGAGGCUGGCAGGGGGCACCAAGGAUCCGCCCCCUCAAGCGCUCUGGCCUGGGGCAGCUGCCCCAAGCGGAACGGGCGGCAUUUCUGCCUCUCCAAGUUCGGUGCUCAGAGGCCGAGCAAUUCCAGCUCCCCCAAGAGUGGGGUGAAAAGGUCGCUGGGGGCAGCACAGGGAGGUGAGGACCAAACUCCGGGCACCUCGUCCCACAGCUGCAAACUGCAAGGCGAUGCCGAGUCAGGAAAUCUGUGCAAGAAAAGGUGUCUCAGUGUCGACCCGAAUCCGGUCCUCUGCACCUGGGGGAACGGGAAUCCUCAGGAACGCCGCCCUGAGGUUGAAGACGGCAUAGGUCCGGCGCUGUCGAAGAAGCUGGACCGCCUUUCUGCGGACAUGAGCGCCGUCUGCCGGGACGUCUCCCGCCUGCAGAGCCACGUGGACCGCUUGGAGCAGGAUGCCCGGGGCUGGGUCCUGGAGCUGGCGGCGCUGCGCAUGGAGAACCACAGCCUGAGCGAGUGCGUGCGGCGCAUGGAGGGGCGCUUCCGCGCUCUGGAGAACCGCUCCCGCCGCAACAACCUGCGCGUCCUCGGCCUGCCGGAGGGGAGCGAAGGCAGUGACCCGGUCGCCUUCUUGCAGAAGACUCUGCCCACCCUGCUGGGCCUGCCCCUGGAAGCCCCGCCCCUGGAGAUCGAGAGCGCCCGCCGGGUGCAAGGGGGCGCCUCCUGGGACCCCAGCGGCAGGCCCCGGCCCCUGGUGCUCCAGCUCCUGCGCUCAGGAGACAGGGCGGCCAUUUUGCAGGCGGCCCGCGGGAGGCCCCUCAGCUACUCCGGCGCGCAGAUCACCAUCUUGCCGGACUUCUGCUCCUCGCUUUCACAACGCAGGAGGGUUCCCUUUGGGACGUUCCGGAGGACCCGGUGGGCGGCGGACCUCUGCUUUGGCUCCCGGCACCCCUCCUGCUGCUAUGCCUGGGCACCGGGCCUACGGGAGCCUCUGGCUGGCUCGGGGGCCCUGAGGGGCGAGAGAGAAAGCCGGCUUCCCAGAGGGGUGGGGAACUGGGGCACGGAAACCUUACCCGGCCCGGGGCAUCGUGGGGGGUGCCACUCCACAGGGAGCUGCGAGCAGCACAAUGACAACCCCUGACACGGUUCUUGGCAGAGGGUGGCAGCGGUUGGCUUGCUCCUCUUGCUCUUUGCCCUGGGCGGGGCCUGUCCUCAGGCGGCGGACGCUGCAGGGGCAGGCGGCAAACUAUUGGUGGCCGUGCAUCUUGCCCUUCACCCCUCCAGCUGGUCAGGCUCGGCUGCCAGCCCAGUUGGCUGCUGUGGGCGCCAUUUUGCUUCCGGGGUCCUUCCCCACAUUCCUGCCCCUGCUUCUUCGUCAUUUCUCUGGAGCUGCUUGGCAAAAUCUUUUGGAUGCCAUUUGAGCUUAGGUCCUCCGUCUUGAGGGUGCCCCGUCGUCGUUUCUCAGGCUGAGAAUGCCCCCCCUUAAAUGCACCAUCCAUCCAAGUUACAACAGCCCAGAGACUGGGGUUUGGGGGGGCACCCCCUUGCCGUGGGGGCCAAGCUCUCUUCCUCUUAAGGCUCAGUGAAGCCCUUUCUUUGUGUUUAUAUUCAGGCCUCGGCUGGCUGGCGACAAUUCAGGGUCAACGUGUGUUUUUAAAACGUGUUGCUUUUAUAUUUUUCAAAGAAUCAAUAUUUUAUAUGGGUAUUUUGCUUCUAGGUGUGGCUGUUAACAUGCCCGCCCAGAGCCUUUGUGGAGAGGGGUGGCUAUAAAUAUGAAUAUUAAAGAAAUGAACUUGAAUAAUAAAGAAAUGAAGUUGGGGAAAUAUCUGUGCCUCUUGGAAGGGUUAUUUUCGAGGGCGUGUGCAGCUUCUGGGCAGCUCGUAGGUGUUUGUUUGAUUGUUGAAAUAUUUUAUUUAUUUUCAUCAUUAAAAAAUUUACAUGCAAACAGUUUGUGUAACCAUUUUGUGAGAUUCUCUGAAUGAAAAUUGUGGAGAAUGUCCUGAUACGUAGUUUUAAGUUCUGUUUUAAGGAGCCAGUUAGAGGAUGGGGGGCAGUCACGAGGUUCAUAGGUGUUUUGGGUCAGGUGUGGGGAACCUUUGGCCCUCCAGAUGUUUCUGAACUACAACUCCCAUCAGGCCUGGCAAGUGGGGAUAAUGGGAGCUGUAGUUCAGCAACAUCUGGAGGGCCAAAGAUUCCCCCCACAGAGAACUUCUCUUCCUGGGCGUUCCACUUGAUUUCAGCUGAGAACUAAUUCCAGGGGACUGAAGCAGCAACACUAGAAGCCCGAUUUCUAGUAGCACCAUAGAAUUUUAGAGUUGGAAGGGACCUCAAGGGUCAUCUAUCCCAACCCCUGCAAUGCAGGAACCCCACCUAAACGAAGGGCAUGAGCUGCCCUCAGCUGCGCCCUCUCCGAGCAGCGCAGUUGAUGGGCACCGAUAGAGGAAAUGAGCAGUGACUCCGGUAGAGGCGUCAACCUUUUCGCCUGAUUCUUCCGCCUCAAACCUCAGCUUCCUAUUACAGCAGGCCAAACCAAAAGACAAUAAAAAACCCCUCACAUGGGACAGAGUUGCUCCCCGAUCCCCAACCCUGGAAUUCUGACAGCCCCCUUUGCUUACUGAAUCUCUGCAUCCUGUCUGAAGUUUGUUAAAAGUGCAGGACGAUUGCCAAGGAAAAUGUGUUGGCAGCCAGUCCCGGGAUCUUCUCCGCAGGCACCCAGUUCCCCCAAGUGGAACUAAAGUGGUUUUCUGCUGGUCUUCAGCCUCAAGUGCCGUGAAGUAAUAGGAGCAGACACAGACCCCCCUCUCUGCCUGUUGUGCCAGGCAAUUUCCUGGCUUGGAUACAUCAUUGGAGAGGCGUUUUGGACACCCUUGUGUUCCCCUGAAGCAGUCCUGCAAACCGGAGAUCACCUCCAUGGUGCUGUUUGUGGGGGGAAACGGAACCCCAGAAUUUCCAGCUCCACCAGGCAAAGAUCACCCCAACAGAUGAUUGGGCUACGCCAUCUUGAUGGAUACAAAUGACAAGAGUUCUUCAGAAAAACCUUACUGCUUCAUCUUAGGCCACAUUCACACCAUAUGUUUAAAGUUCUAGGAUACACCUUUAAACGGUCAUAAGAGCAUAAGGAUCAGGGCUGCAAGAACACCCAAAAAAAAAAA